AUGGCAUUGAGAGCUGCUUUGAGGAGCAAGUGCGGCUUGUCAGGUCUUCUUUCCCAGUGGUCCUCCUGCAGCAGUCAUGGCAGAGUGUGUGUGUCUCCUGUCCUCGUCGCUCAGCUGAGGAACAACUCCACCUCUCCUAAAAUCAAAGUGGAUUUUGACCAAAGCACGGGUGUGGCUGUGAUGCACAUGCAAAGUCCACCGGUCAACAGCCUCAGUUUAGAUUUCCUCACGGAGUUGUGCAUCAGUGUGGAGAAGCUGGAGAUGGAUAAGCGCUGCCGAGGCCUCAUCAUCACCUCGAGCCAGCCCAAGGUGUUCUCAGCCGGCCUGGAUAUCAUGGAGAUGUACGGGAAGAGUCCAGAGCAUUGUGGAGAGUUCUGGAGAGCUGUUCAGGAGAUGUGGCUGAAACUCUAUAGCUCCAACAUGGUCACUAUAGCUGCAAUCAACGGUUCCAGUCCUGCAGGUGGCUGUCUGAUGGCGUUAACGUGUGACUACAGGAUCAUGGCCGACAACCCUCGUUAUGGAAUCGGCCUUAAUGAGACACAGUUGGGCAUCGUAGCACCUUUUUGGUUUAAGGACACCAUGAUGAACACAGUGGGCCAACGUGUCACAGAGAUGGCUCUGCAGUUGGGGCUGCUCUACAAGCCUUCAGAGGCCCUGACCAUAGGACUGGUGGACCAGCUGGUACCUGAAGACCAAGUCUUGACCACAGCCACUCAGAACAUGACCAAGUGGUUGGCUAUUCCAGACCAUGCCAGACAGAUCACCAAGUCCAUGAUGAGGAAGCAGACCAUCGACAAGCUCACGUCCAACAGAGAGGUCGACAUCCAAUACUUUGUCAACUUCAUCACCAAAGACUCCAUUCAGAAGUCGCUCGGCAUGUAUAUGGAGAUGCUUAAAAAAAGAAGGGCCUAGAGGAGAGAGGGAAACCUAUGAAAUGACACGCAUAUGCGAUUUAGGGGGACUUUAUGACAGUAGUUGAAAACUCAUCUGCUUUCAGUGUCAUAUGUUCAUCGGUGUCAACUCUGCUAAGAUUCUUGACUAUAGCUCUCUGCACUUCACCUUCAUAACGGUGCGAUUCAGUGACAAUAAAUGUUUUCUAUUCAAAUGUUGAAGUACUUUGGUUAAAGUAACAGCAAUACCUGCUUUUCCACCAUCGUUGAGCCAGCUAGUGUAAAGAGAGUAACUCCUCCUCAGCCCACAGGUAGCCCUGCUUGGCCCAGGGGCUAUUAGCACCUGGAAAACAGCCUCAACAUUUAUUUAGCAAACAGUCAGUUAUUGCCCCAGACAGGUCUCUACCACGUGCCUUACUUCAAGAACCAUAACAAGUAAUGGAAGUAACCCUAGGUGCACCUACAGUGGGUGAAGCCUUUGAGAUCUCUAACAGAUUUAUUAACAAUACAUUAGUGACUUUUUAAAUGGAUGUUUUUAUGUGAUCAGAGGAUUGAUCGAUGUUAUUAAAGAAUGACGUGAAGGCGUCAAAAUCACA